AAAAGUCAAAGUAUUCUUCAGCCACACGGUCUUUAAAAAAGUCAACCCUUUCCGGCUGCUCCCCACCAGUUGACCGGAGGAUAAAGGUCACUAAAGUCUCCAUUUUUCAGACACAAAUUCCUCAAAAUAUGGAUGAUGAAUGGGAUUUGCAUGCGGUGGUUAGAAGCUGCACCACCAUCUCAAAUGAUCAUGCAACUGCCACUUCUGAUACAAACACAACCUCUAAUACUACCAUAGAUAUAUACGAUGAUAUUUUCGACAAUAUAAAACCAUUUUCAUACUUGAAUUAUGGCGAAAAUCCAUUCGAGGGAUUAGAGGAAGUGUACAAGGAAGGGUGUUCUCAUCGACCGGGCGUGGAAAGCACCCUAGGUGUCACGGAUGAUGUUUCUAAUGAUGAUGAUGAACAAGUGAAUGUGUUGGAUGCUUCUAUUGAUUCUUUUGCUAAUGAGAGUCCAAGUAAAAAAAGGAAAAACCAACAAAAGAAGACAGUGGUGGAAUUGAGACAAGAAGAAUUAUGUAAUGAUACAUGGGCAUGGAGGAAAUAUGGUCAAAAACCUAUCAAAGGCUCUCCUUUUCCAAGAAAUUACUACAAAUGUAGCACAACAAAAGCUUGCGGGGCAAGGAAACAAGUGGAGCAAAGCCAUAUGGACCCGACUAUUUAUAUUGUCUCAUAUUCAGGGGAACACAUUCACCCUCGACCCACUCACCGGAGUCCUCUCGCCGGCAGCACGAGAAGUAAUAAAUUCGUUACGGCAAACCAACCACCCGUCUCCGAUGACGCCGCCAAUUCCAGCUAGCUAUGGUGGUGGUGGUGAUAUAUGUCUAACUUUUGUAAUAUGGGGUAGCUAAGUAAUUAUUCUAUGUGGAAUAUAGGAAUAGGGAAUAUUUGUGGCAAAAGGAAUGUUGAAUGGCUGCCAUCAUGUCGCAUUUCACUUUCUAAUUGUAGCUGUUGAUUUCUAAACAAAUAAAGAACGGAAUAUCGGAAUCA